AUGCGAUUUGUAUUGUUAUUACUCGCUUUUGGAUUCAUCGUGAAUGCAACAUUCGGAAGACCGUCGCAGGGAGCCGAUAGAGAAAGGGACGACGAAGCGGAAUAUGAAGAAAAGGAAGAUUCUGCUGCUGGUGAUUAUUUGAAUAAUGAUCCACCUGACAAGAUCUCCCAGGAGGCUGACUCAAGUAGAUAUGAAAACGAAGAAGAAAGUAUUGAAGGUUCUCAGGACUACCCAAAACAUUCUUCUGCUACAAACAAUGAACGUGGAAAUGUAGAAGAUAAACUUGAAAGCUCUAAAAGCGACAUAUUCAAUCAAGCCAAUGAAGAGGACAUGCCCUUAUCCGAGCAACACCAAUCGAAUGCAGGAAAUGAUGAAACAGAAGAUGAUUCAAUUCGUUACCAACAGACCUUAUUGAAAACACGCCUAAAUGCGUUGAAAAGACAGGAAGAAAAAGCUGACGACGUAGAAUUGGGAUUAAACGAUAGAAACGCAAUACAUGACCGACAUAUAAUAAAAGAUAGAGGAGAAUACAGCAACGAUGCAAUCGAAGCUCCCGAAGAACCAGUCUAUAAACAUAUAAGGUAUUAUAAUCAGAUUCAGGGAAAUGUUUUUCAAAAAAGAAAACCCAACAACAUUAAUACAAAUAGGGAUAGACGAGAAAUUUCUAAUGAUCAUGUAGAAAAAGAUAUUACCAAUGAUAAAAAUAAUGCUUUUAAAAAAGACGAAGCUGAAAGUACUAAGGAAGAUAACGUGUCUGCUAUAAAGAGAAACAUUAAAAAAUUAUCUAGAGAAGAACUUGAAGAUCUCCUCAAUUCACUUUCUGAAGAUAAAAAAGCUCUUUUGAAUAAAAUCAUCGGUAACAAGAUUGCAUCAGACAGUGUCAACAAACGGGAAAUUACAAAAAAAGCUGGAGCUGUCGAAGAUAAUAACUGCAUGGAUGGUGGGCAAUCUGAUUUCAAUAAGAUGGACAGUCUGCAGUCCAUGGAUUCCAUUUCCUCUGUAUCACAGCAUAUGGACACAACUGAAACAAUGAGGCAAACAGACGGAAGUGGGGUUUCAAAAACCAAAAAUUCCGAAUCUGAUAGCACCUCAUCUAAAAGUGAAGGAAAAGAUGAAUUGGUCGACGAGAACUUGCGACUUAAUCCAGAUUCCGGGCAAGGAGUAACUGCCCAGAUUUUAGAGACCAAAGAAAACGUUGGAAGGGAUUCCUUAAAGAGUGAAAACAAGAGAGAAACUAAUAUGGAUGAUGUUCCUCAGGACAAAUCUGAAAGUAAUAAUGAACCUUCAGAAUACAGUCAUUAUGAUAACUUAUAUAAAGAUGUAAAUUGGGAUAAAGAUGAUAACUGGUCAGAAUUAAUGAAAGAUGAAACUGAACUGCAUCAGUCAUAUAAUAACCAACACAAAAGAGAUCUAGAUUAUUAUGCUAACUCAGCUGAUGUUAAAUCAUUAGAAGACUCUUUUCCGAACUACGAGUCCGUUGACUCAAAAUCUCCUGGAUCUCAAAUGGCGCCCUUAGUAAGAGUAAAAAGAACAAAUAGUAAUAUUGUAAAAAGAGCGCCGGGACAUUGUUCAGAUAUGAAAGUACCGUUUUUUCCUGGCGCAAUAAAUGACGAUGCAGACGACAACGAAAAAGAUGAAUUCGAUGACGGUGCUGUGUUUGAGAAUUCCUAUUCCCACGAGAAAGUGGGAAAAGAAAAACAAGUAUCUAAUAACGAAGUGGGCCCAGUGCUUAGAAAUCGGCCGAAAAUUACAUCCUGCGAUAUGGCUAACAUCGGCUCGGACACGGACAAUAUUCUGUCUAAUAUAGAAGAGGUUGAUAAUAAUUUAAUGUAUAAUAAUAAUGCUAUACGUAAAAAACGCUUUUCUAAUGACGCUAAUUUAAAUAAUGAAGAUAAUUCACUACCUGAAACAGUGUUACCCAAUAAUGAAGAUUACGUAUCAGAUUUAUCCUUGAAGAAUAAUAAAGUACAUUACCAGGAGAAUGACGCUUUUGGAGCUAUACCUCACAGCGAAAAUGAGCUUAGUCGGUCUAAGAGGAUAAGAAGAUUGAAAAAAGCACCAUCUACACACGGAGACUUACAAGAAUGA